UCGGCCAGCUCUGCACAUUGCAACCAUCUGCUCAUCCUCAAGGCCUCAUCGUUCCUCCCAGAAUAUAUUCAUAUGAGCCUAACCAGCUAACAGGACGAGCCGCAAGACACCUGGCCGUGUAGCGCCUUCUCUCGUCUCUGAGCGGCCCCGACUUUGCGAAUGCCCUCCUUGCCCUCACGUCGCCUUUCUCGUAACUGGCUGCAUCGGCUUCAGGAUGCAGGCUCCUACAUUCUCAGCAAUCUCAACUUCUACCGGAUCCAUAUUCUUGUUUUCACGUUCACGCCGCUCAUCUUCUCAGGCAUAUUCUACGCGGUCAAUGGCAAAUACCACAUACCCUACAUUGAUUGCUUGUUCACCUGUGUUAGCGCAAUGAUGGUCUGCGGUCUGGCAUCCAUCGAUCUGAGCAAGUUGACUCCGCUUCAACAGUUCCUCUUAUUUGCCCAAAUGUGUCUUGGCAGUCCGAUUUUUGUCUCGUGGGUGAUUGUUUACGUCCGAAGGAGCUUUUUCGCGAAAAGGUUCCAGCAUAUUAUGGAAGCCGACAUGGCGCGCAAGCUGGCUCACAAAUAUCACGAGCCAGUUCAUGUCAAGCUGGUUCCAUGGUGGCGGCGUGCACUGGAAUCGCUCCUUCCCCGCAACACUCGUUCGAUCAACAGCCGCGAGAGCGUGGAGAGUUCAUCCCGGGAUGCUCGAGGCGGGCUGCGCACGGAUAUGGUCCGUCGCACGGAUGAUGCACCGAGGCUAGUCAAUCCAAGCGGCUGGAUCAGCGAGGGCCGGCCAGAGGUCGCGACAGGACACGGUUUCGAUCAGGACGGUACUCACGAGCCCGACGUUCCCUCUCCAUUGCGGUAUCUCGCGUUCUCAGAUAUUGACAACCCUGCCCUUGUCAACGCUGCCGCACCGGGUGGGCCGCUCGUAAAGGAGCCUGCAGAUCAGUCCGACACCGUCUCUGGAACGACCUCUUCCACCAGGACCGACUCUGAGUCUGAUUUUGCGGACACAGGCGAUCAUCAGGGUACGUACGAGGAGGGCAAGCAGCAGAAGGAGCCUGCUCGUAUGUUGUCAGAGUCCGCGCCGAUGACGGACUCACCGAUCUCAGAACCGGAGGAGCCGUCGCCUCGCUCAACUUUUACUGCAAGUGCCGCACAGAACAGGCAGGGCACGUUCCCUCGUCAGCAGACGAUAGAGUUUGCGGCUUCUUCCCGUCCUUUGCGCCACGCGCGUUCCGCAGAGAGGCCUCUUGCUCGACAUUUGCAAAGUACUCUGUCGCAGCGUAGCGAUCAGGCUGAGUUUGACUAUCGACGUCCGAUGCGUCGGCCGACGUUGUCCUACCCAGAGAGCUAUGAUGCAUAUUCUUUCAGCCGCCGCGAGGAUGGGAAUACGUCGCACGGUGAAUUUGGAGGCUUCCCGAUGCCUUUGGAGAUCGGGUCACGCUUGUUCGGUCGGUUGUUCCCGAACUUGAAGCGCAAGCUGACCCGUACUAUGACCAUGCCGCGGACGAGGACGAUCGUUUCGCAGCAUGGCUCGAUGGCACCGGGAGCGCGACCUGUCUCAUACAUUAGCUUCGAGGCUGUUGUCGGGCGCAAUUCGACCUUUAAGAGCCUCACGAAGGAACAGCUGGAAGAGUUAGGGGGAGUGGAGUAUCGCGCGCUCGGCGCCUUGCUUUGGAUUGUGGGCGGGUAUCACAUCAUGACUCAAUUGCUAGCAUUCGUCGUGAUCGCACCGUACAUGUCAAUCCCACGAUGGGCGAGCGACUUCAAACCUCCCCAGCUGUACAGAGACGUUUCACCAGUGUGGUUCGCAGCAUUCCAGGUGGUCACUUCCUACACUAAUAGUGGAAUGUCCCUCGAGGACGAAUCGAUGAUACCUUUCCAGCGAGCUUACCCGAUGAUCUUCUUCAUGAUUUUCCUGAUAUUGGCCGGGUACACUGCCUUUCCGAUAUUCUUACGUGUGACAAUAUGGACUCUCAGCAAGAUUGUUCCGCAGGGGUCGCGAAUUAGGGAGACGCUGCACUUCUUACUAGACCAUCCCCGGCGAUGCUAUAUAUACCUGUUUCCUUCUUAUCAGACGUGGUUUCUCGUUUUAGUACUAAUCGCUCUAAACGGCACGGAUUGGUUCUGUUUUGAAGUUCUGGACUUGGGCAAUCCUACCGUCAUGACAAUACCCCCAGGCGAUCGAGUACUCGUUGGCUUACUUCAAGCGGUUGCAGUGAGAUCUGCAGGCUUCAGCACUGUGAACUUGGCCAACCUUGCUCCGGCCGUGAAAACACUUUAUGUCAUGAUGAUGUACAUCAGUGUUUACCCGCUCGCCAUGAGUGUGCGUUCGACAAAUGUUUACGAGGAGAAGUCCUUGGGGAUAUAUGAAGACGACAAUGACGCGACAGCCAGUCUUUUUGAUCCAAGGGAAAAUCGAGUAACAGUCUGGAGUCGUUAUUUGGCCACGCACAUGCGGAAGCAGCUCUCGUUCGAUAUGUGGUGGCUCGGAACUGCACUGGUCCUGGUCUGUAUCAUCGAGCGAGACGGACUGGAAGAUGAGUCAAACAGCUCAUGGUUCAACAUAUUCAGGAUCCUUUUUGAAAUCGUCUCUGCAUACGGUGGCGUCGGCCUGAGUCUCGGCGUGCCCUAUGACAAUUACUCAUUUUCUGGGGCAUUGAGGCCCCUAUCGAAACUUAUCAUCUGCCUAGUCAUGCUGCGAGGAAGGCAUCGUGGCUUACCUGUCGCUAUUGAUCGAGCUGUCAUGUUGCCGGCGGAAUUCUACGAGCCCGCGAAGGAUGGAGAUCAAGAAGGACUUCCCGAAGAUCACCGGCCAGACAUCCCUAAUGGACACGUUCCUGACGGGAGAAGCGAAAAAAGCCGUCGUCGAGCCUCUCGACAGCGCAGUCAAUCUAUGUCUAGAUCUGUCGCUUCCGACUCUACCCAUCAGAUACCAUUGCGUGAGCUGCGACCGUCGACAGAAGAGACUCAUGAGGAGGAAUUAUCACAGUCAUGACAAUCACGAUUUCAUUGCAAUCUUGACCCAUGGACGGACGGAAUCUUCUACGCAUUUUAACAUAGAUGAGCAAUAUCUUUAUUCAUCUCACGGUUUGAAUUGAUUCGGCACAUUUUUACUACCACAUCUACGCUGUAAUUUGCUGUAAUGUCAAUCCCUUCAUGAUUUCGCUCUCGAACAAUAUCUGUGGUCCACGCCUCCUC